AAAUCAGCGAGGAAAGGGCGGAGUAAAUCACAUUUCUCUACAGUACAGUAACUGUUACCUCACUUUACCACAGCGGGAAAUCUCUUCAGUACAUCGACAGAAAAUAACAUGGAGGCGGUAUACGAUACACAUAACCUUCAUUGAGUACAUUUUCAUGUUAAAGUGUUCCUGUAAAGCGCACUAUUCAGGGAAGUAGGCACUGUGUGGAUCUUCUCAUAAUGGAUAGAGAGCUUCCUGAAAUCAAUGACAACGUUACACAUUACACUGCUGUGGAUAAAGGCUCUUGUUCAACUUCAGAAACAGAGACCGUUGACCCACAAACACACGAAAUGGCUGGUGAAGCAAACCACACAGAGAAAGCGAGCACAGUUGAAAAGCAACUCAACUUGUCAAGUGAAGAGGAGCAUAACAGCAUCUCUCAAAGCAUGCAAAUGACAACACAGUUGGACUGUAAUCAGAGGGAUAUUGAUCAGGCUCUGGACAAGAUGCACGAUGACCCCGAGUGUGAAAUACCCAAAGAAGAGGAAAAUCCUAAAGAUAAAGGACAGAAGAAGAAACACAGAAAUCCCUUUAUGCCCCAAGCUGCAGCAAAGAGCAAAAUAGUACAGAACAGGAAUGGAAACCAAGAAAGUGGAAAUGACAUUGACUCUGAAGAGACUGAAGACCAUAGGAAGUCCCUCAAUGAAUGGCUGGAUGAGUUUCGCUCACAUGAAUCUCAAAGGGAGGAUGAAGAGGAUCUUAAUGGCCUCAUGGAUUGGUGGAGCACUGUGGAACAAUGGGAGGACAUGCCCAAAGGUGACAGCAUGACAGAAAAAGAGGAAGCAGAGGCUUUUGCUUUAACAGCUGAGAAGGUGCAAAAGGGCAUUCGUGUGUUUAACAAACUGUUCUCAGAACGAGCGGAGGGAUUGUGGCAGCACGUGAUCGACCUGCACGCAAUUGCCGACGGCCUGGACCGCUUUAACAAGAAGACCAAGAUCGCUCAGAUCACCGGCGGCUCCACGAGCGCUUUGGGGGGCAUUGCCACCAUUACUGGCUUCGCCCUGGCACCUUUCACCAUGGGAGCCUCACUAAUCGUAACCGCAGUUGGCCUGGGGGUCGCCAUGGCUGGUGCGCUGACGUCUGCCUCUGCCGGGAUAUCCAACACCGUCAACAACUCUAUGGAUCGCAAGAAAGUGGAGCGCAUUGUGGAGGACUACCAGGAGAAGAUGGCUGACCUCGACAAGUGCAUGAAGUUCAUCAAGCAAGGAAUAACGAACCUGCGCAAGUUCAAUCUGAACAAGAUUAAGAAGCAAGCAUAUAAUCGAGACUUUCCUGCUUUCGACAAUCUCUACGAAGACGGCGCCAUGGCGGGCAAAGCCGUUCUAAGCAGCGCCAAUGAGAUCAUGCGCGUGAUGCAGAUCGCCAACGCUGCUGGAACGUCAGCGGUGCGAGCCGCGCAGAUCGCUAGUAUAUCCACCGGUGUCCUUACCGGGCUCUUCGUUGGGAUGGAUAUAUACUUUGUGGCAAAAGACUCUCAUGAGCUGAAAAACGGUGCCAAGUCUGAAUUUGCCGCCAAGAUUAGAGAGGUGGCAGAGCAGUUACAAGAGGGUUUGGUGGAACUUAACAGCAUACGGGAAGAGCUGCAGUUUAGCAACACUGUGAAAGUUCCUCCUGAAAAACCCCUGCAAGCACCUCUGUAAACACUUCUCUUAUUUAAUUACUUCAUCUACACCCAUAAUGGAUACACAGAUAAAAGGCAUGCAAGCUGUCCUAAUUUGGUACAGGUACCUUUGAGGUAUCAAUAUGCACCUAAAGUGUACUUUUUGAAAGUUACCACCCACCCCAGUGACAACUUUUGUACCUUCUUGUACCUUUUUAUCUGAGAGUGCAAGCACAUUCUGGGGACACCUAAGAAUAAUAUUACAUCUUGAAAAAAUGCCAUAUUUGGUGACCUUGUUGUGACUUGUUAUGGUACAAAAUAUUUUUUAUGUAUCCACUUUUUGCUGCUUUUAUUAGGCUUAAAGAAUAUGCACUAUUACAGUCUGUAGGUCACAUGUGGUCGUGUCACACCCCACACGUGUACUUUCUCUAUUUUGGGGUUUAAUUGUGUUUAUGUUGCUAUUUUAAAUACUGAUAGAGUAUUUUUACAUAUAUUUUAUUUUUAUUUUUUUCAUUUAUUACAUAACUUUAACUUAUAUAUGAAUUGUAAAAUAUUAAAUGUAAAACAUGUGUUGUCUUUCGUGUGUGUUUCCUAUUUUUCAGACAGUCCCUAUUUAUUUGUUUACCUUAGGAAGUCAACCAUGGCUGCAUUAUAAUAACAAUGAAGCAUCCAUGUUCUUUUGGCAAACUUAUUACAAUUUCUGUUAGUAAAUUUUAACUACAAAUAUUGUAGUUGUUGUGACUGCCUGUCUGUUAAAGGGGACAUUUCACAAGGCUUUCUUAAGAUGUCAAAUAAAUAUUUGGUGUCCCCAGAGUACAUAUAUGUGAAGUUUUAGCUCAAAAUAUCAUAUAGAUAAUUUAUUAUAGCAUAUUAAAAUUGACACGUUAUAGGUGUGAGCAAAAAUGUGCUUUUUUGUGUGUGUCCUGUAAAAUGCAAAACAGCUGAUCUCUGCACUAAAUGGCAGUGGCGUGGUUGGAUAAUGCAGUGGUAUUAUCCCCUUCUGACAUCACAAGGGGAGCCAAAUUUCGAUGACCUAUUUUUUCACAUGCUUGUGAAGAAUGGUUUACCAAAACUAAGUUACUGGGUUGAUCUUUUUCACAUUUUCUUGGUUAACAGAAGCACUGGGGACCCAAUUAUUGCACUUAAACAUGGAAAAAGUCAAAAUUUCAUGGUAUGUCCCUUUAAUUCCCGGCUAAAGUCUCAUCAUCUAAUGAUGAGAUAAGAAGCAUCAAAGUAAGAUUUCACAUUGAUUUCAAUUUUUGACAUGAUCAGUCAUUAUUAAAGA